ACAAACAAUGCCGCCAGUCAACAGUAAACACGAGUGGCCAUAUCCGGAAGUCAAAAGGUUUCCAGGAGGAUUGGAGCGAUUUUCCUAUAGAACUUAUAAUUGGUUUGAGAAUCGACUAUGGCCAAUAAGACCCAUUCCAUUUUUGGCUGCAACCACCGCAGUCACAGCCCUCCAAGUCAGAAGCCUAGGGCUGGAACACAUAAAAGAAGAUGCUCAAAAACUCCUCAAACCUCUUGCGAUUUCUAUUGGAUCCGUCUACACUUCAAUCUUCAUUCUCCGCCACAUUCUAAAAUACUUUUACUUUUCCUACAAAGGGUAUUUGUUUGAAAACCCAAAGAAACCAUCAAUCCGAACAAUGAUCUGGGGUGUUCUCCGGAAGGUUCUCCUGACAAUCGCACCUCCACAGCUAUCUUCAUGUGAUCGCCUUCUACCGAAUCUCCCACUUCCAGCACUUCAGGAUACUGUAGAUAGAUACGUGGACUCGAUGAAACAUCUUAUGUCAGAGGAAGACUAUGACCAACUGCUCGAGAUGUCUCGCAAAUUCGUGUCAAACGAGGGACGAAGCAUUCAACGAUACGCAUGGUUCCUUCACAAAUUCACAGACAACUAUGUGACAUCAUUAUGGGAACAAUAUAUUUACAUGGCUGGAAGAUAUCCACUCUUGAUCAAUAGUAGUGUGGCACAAUGUACCAUGUACGGAGAAAGUGAUUUGAUUCAGGCUUAUCAAGUUGCCAGGUUGAUUUAUAUUGAGACAAUUGCGAAUUUGGCGUUAGAUAGGCAGAAGUAUAUGGCGAUCGGUGAGGGACUGAUGUCAACACGCCACUACAGAAACAUCUACAACGGAUGCAGAAUCCCGGGAAAACAGUACGAUAGUUUCCAAUGGAAUAAACCAGCGAAACAUGUUAUCCUAGUGCACGACUGUACUUGGUACAAAGUGGAUAUUUGUGAUUCCAAUGGUCAACUCUAUACGGUAGACCAAUUGGCAAAAAUUGUGGCAGAGGUGAUGGGAAGAGAUGAUAAAUCAAAAGGAUAUCUCAGAAACAUCGCCAGUCUCACUACAGACCGACGAACUGAGUGGUGUUCUAACCGACAAAAGUUCUUCUUGGAAAACAAGCAUAAUCAGAAACUUCUUCAACAAAUUGAGACGGCCCAAUUUGUGAUGUCAGUGGAUGGAGAUUUGAAUUGGGGAGUUGAAACAACUGAACAAUUAUCCAAAUACAUGAAGGAUAUGCUCGCGGGAUCCGGCUCGAAUCGUUGGGUUGAUAAGACAAUGAACUAUGCAGUUGAUGCAAGUGGUCGUGCCGGAGCAACGGGAGAACAUUCCCCAUGUGAUGGAGCAGAGUUGGAUCAUUUGUGUGAAAAUGUUUUGAAUGUUGAUAAGCAAGUUUUGGUAUCACCAAGCACUGAAGAACAGUUGGAGAUUAUUAAAAUGACGUUUACGGAGAAAAAUAGUUUGAGAUUGGCACAGAAAUUGGAUUUCCAAGAGGUUGAUGGGAUGGAAACUGAAGUAAACCGUUGUUUCGAACAGCACCACAAAGCCUCUGAUGACCUUCACAUGCACUCAAUUGCAUUCACAGAUUUUGGAAAAGGACGUGUCAAAAAAUGCGGUAUUUCUCCUGACGGAUUCUUACAAAUGGCUAUUCAACUUGCUAAUUAUUAUGAUCAAGGAAAAUUUGUGCUGACGUAUGAACCAGGAUCUGUCAGAUUCUAUGCAAAUUCGAGAACAGAGACGCUACGCCCAGUUACCGAUUAUUCUUGCAAGUUUGUCCAGGCUAUGUUGAGUGAUGAGUCAACGCAAAAAGAGCGAAGAGACCUGUUGAAAAAGGCUUGUGAAGCACAUGUGGAGAAUUGCAAAGAGGUUAUGACUGGAAAAGGAGUCGAUAGGCAUUUGUUUGUUCUUUGUGUUUUGGCAAAGGGACUAGGAUAUUCGAGCCCGUUCCUGGAAGAGUAUGCUAAUCAGAAAUGGCUUCUCAGCACUAGUAACAUCCCAAACAUGACAAACUCAGUUGACGAGGAUAUUUCCGAAGACAACAUUAUGCUCGGAGCAUCCUUCGGCGCAGUUGCCCAAGAUGGAUAUGGAAUUUGCUAUCGGUUUGCAGGAAAUCGAGCGAUAAUGGUUCACAUCACUUCCUACCACUCAUCUCCAGCAACUGAUUCUGAUAGGUUUGGUCAACAUUUGCGUGAAGCAAUUCAUACACUUGCCGAUUUGUUCGACGAUGAGCCAAGCAAUAAUAAUGUGUCGAAAAAUGUUUAAAGUUACUGGAGAAAUGUGAAUAUUGUUUGUAUUUAUGGUUGUAUUGUUAUAAAUUUAUUUUUAUGUUUG